GUUUUCCCUCAAACAAUGACGUAUAUUAACUAUAUCAGCUCAACUUGGUCCAUCGCAAUCCUAGGACACGCGCUGCGUUCCCAUUUGAUCGAAAGAUAAAGCUGUGAUCUUGGUGGUGGUGUUGGUGGGUUCUACAAGUGUAAUCUUGGCCAUAAACAAUAUUUCCCUUCAAAAUCUUUUUUUUUUUAAAUUAUAUGUGGAUGGACUUUCGUCUUUGGUGAGUUUCUUUUUUUUCUCCUUUAUUAUAAGUAUUAUUUUCAUUCUCUUGGGAUCUUCAUAGUUUGAGAAGCUUCGAGUGUUGUUAAAGGUUGUUCUUGAAGAAACAGAGCAUCUUGAAACUUUGUUUCUUAUUUGGGUCAAUCUCGUCUCUCCUGCCUCUACGCACAAGUAUUUUUCCGAUUAGGUUUCCGAGUUGGAGUUGGUUCUAGGUUUUAAACACUGGUUUAUCCUCUUUCUCUCGGUCAUGGAGGAACCUUGUGAGACACGUAACAACAGUGAAGCCAUCCAAAUACCUAGGUAUCAUAACUAUAACCACCUCAGCUCCAUAAUCUCCUCUCCCUGGUUGGAUUUGAGAGUGUUCUACGUCAGGAUAAGCAAUUUCACGGUGGAAGAUUCAACCCCUGAAGUCCUCACCAUCAAUCACAUUCCUCUGGAUCCUGAUACGCUUUUGGAGAUCAACGGUGUUAGGAUGAGCAUGUACUCAGAAGGAUGUUCUACAAAGCUUAGGAGGGAUCGAGUUGAUAAGAAGUCUGAAGAGGCUACUUAUGUCAGCACAGACAAUAUCAGGUUAAAUGGUAGCGUGAAGUUUGAGGUUUAUGACAAGAAUGAGCUAGUCUUGUCUGGAACUCUUGAGAUGUCUGAUGGUGGUAAUGGGCUCACUGGUGAAUCUAAGAGUCAGUGGAACAUGACUUGUGAAGCUGAGAUCACUGCAGGGUCUGGUUUCUUAAAAGAGAAGAGCAAAAAGGGUCAGGAGUUAUUGCCAACAUUGCCAACUAUAGAGGUCUAUGUCACUGGUUGCUUCUCAGGAACACCCAUCAUCUUAACCAAGACUCUACAGCUUGGUUUGAGAAAGAAGCAAAGUAGAAGAAUGGCAUUAGAUUCAAUACCGGAGUAUGAAACUGCAGAGCCUCAGAAAAACGCCUUCUCUGAGGUUCAUUUUCAGGCAACAGAAUACGCAAAUUACAAAGAUGGAUACGAAGGAGAUAUGUACUGGAAAAGUGAUCAGUGCUUGGAUGGAGAGAUGUCAUGGUUCAAUGCAGGUGUAAGGGUUGGUGUUGGGAUUGGACUUGGCGUCUGUGUUGGUCUUGGCAUUGGUGUAGGUCUUCUCGCACGUACUUAUCAAUCAGCUACAAGAAACUUCAGGAGGAGGCUUCUCUAGCUUAAAUAAUAUAAUAUGCAUUUGCAGAAUUUUACCUUGAAAUUUUGAAAGAAUCCUUAUUUAUUUUAGUUGUUUGUAUCCGAGGUGUGAUUGUGAAUCAAACACUUUGGUGUGGGAUUGUUGAUAUCUGUUUUGAUGUAAAUAAGAGAUUGAGGGUGUAGCCUUUGUAUUCAGAAAUUGGCUGAUGAGGAUAAAAUUAGAUAAGCCUCCAGAUCCUAAUUCACUGACUUGGUGUCAAUGCUUACAAAAAUAUUUAACUCAUCCUUUUAUAUAUUAGUUGAAGCAAUCACUUUGUCCUGUUUUAGAAAAGAA